GACAUCGACGCAGAUUUGAGGAAAUUCCGCGAAACAUCGUAUAUUAUUUGGGAGAAUUUAUAUAGCAAUCGCAGUGAACUCAUAUUUGCUGGCAUUUUUAUUUGGGAUGGGGUGUUGCAAAUUUUUCCGACGAUUGUUUUGCGCACUAUAAAAUAGAGAGAUUCACAUUUCCUUGAACCUCAAUUGCUAGUCCCUUUUGGUGGGAUGACGCUCAUGUGAGCCACAGUAUCUAUGGCGGAAGACAGUCAGUUUAAAAAAAAAGUUCUUCCGGUCCCAUCGCUCACUCCCGCAGAAGCAAUCGACACAAUUGAUGGACCAAACACUACUCGUUAAAAAAUGUAUAGAAGAUAGCAGAACGUAAAUUAGGAUUGAUAUUGAUCCCAUGGAUCUAAUAGUCCAUAAAUCUGUGUAUACUUGAAUUGAAUGCUUUUUAUGUUCAGUUAAAAUAGGCGUGAACCGGCAUGGUUCUUAUUCAUUCCAGAUAACAUUUCUAGCUACUUGUCUACCUUGAGCAGAUCAAAUUAUGGUGGAUCAUCAAAUUGCGAUGUAUAUUGAAUCGAUUCAGUUCAUAUCUACUUGCCCUGAUGAGGGUGGCGGUCGAGGCAUCUCAACAGCUCUUUGUCUGUCAUAUGGCAAUAUCCACUUUAUGGCCUUGAAGCUGAGAUGCGGCUAACACCGUUUACGUAACACACUCCGUAUAAGUUUGUAGCUUGUUGAUAUGCGAUGAAACCUGCUGAAUCUCGAUCGCUACUUGUCUAUGGCAUAAUAGAAAACCCCCCUCAGCUGAGUCUUAGAGUCGGUGGGUGUGAACAUCUUCAGUCUAGUUGUGACUGAUGAUCCGUGAACUGGUGUUCUCAAGAUAGUUGCUCGGAAUAAGUCCCAAAGAGAAAGGUUUUGUACUGUAGCCGGUACUUAGGCGAAGUUACCCGAUGUAUAAAUUGAGUUAGAUGUUUUAGAUCGACAUCCAAAUCAACAACCAUGAAGAUCGUCAUCCUAUGCGCUCUGGUUGCGAUGGCCAUCGCCCAGGACAGCUAUCCGACCAAGUACGACAAUAUCGAUGUGGAUGAAAUCCUCAACUCGGAUCGUCUCUUCAAGAAUUACUUCAACUGCCUGAUGGAAGCCGGGCCAUGCACUCCGGAAGGAAACGAGCUGAAGAAAUACCUGCCGGAUGCCAUUUCUACCGGAUGCACCAAAUGUAACGAGAAGCAACGUGAAGUCACGGCCAAGGUGGCCAAGUUCCUGAUCGAACAGCGUCCAAAUGAGUGGAAUGCCCUGCGAGGCAAGUACGAUCCUGAUAACACCUUCGCUGAGAAAUACAAAGAUGAAGCUGCCAAGUUUGGAAUCAAGCUGUGAGGAUUGAAGAGAUGUACCAAAUUGUUACACCGAUAGAAUUUAACUCGAGAUCAAGCAUCCUUUACUGAAUAUAGGCCAUUUCUUUCGUAAAACGCAACACAAACUCCUCACAAUCACAACAGUGCAUUUGACAGUUUUUCAAAUAUAAACUUGAAUUUUCACUUGACAUAAAUAAAAUCAAUAGGAUAGCAACCAAACCAAAUUACUAUGUACAAUUGUCAUCAAUUGUGAAGUAUAAUUCACAUAGUCCCUUACUUCUUCUAGACAAAUUAAAAAAAAAUCAAUUUUGAAUUUUCUGAAUACAUCGAUUUUGAGAUAUUCAUUUUAGUCUUAGCAAA